GCUCUUCCUCUCCUCUCUUCCUCCCCCUCCUCCUCCUGCUCUCCUCCUCCUCCCUCAGCUUCCGCCGCUCGCGGCCGCCCGCAGCCGGAGAGAGGCGGCUGGUAGAGAAGCCCUUGUAGUUUUAAAUUCAAUGUGACAGUUUCGGAAAGAGCGGAUGAUGAAUCUCCCAUUAUUGGAUCAGUCUAUUUGCCGCUCAAUGUCUCUCUGUAAUUGGAGCAACAUCACUUUAAAGGUUCAGAGAGUACAGCAUUUCUGGUGAAAAAUCCCCACAACACGCCGGCGAAUGUUUUAAAGGGAAAUCUAUUAGAAGGAGGCGAGGGGCGGGAGCUGCGGGGGGCAGGAGUGGGGGGCUCGCCGGGGGCCCCCGGCCGGCCGAGCGCGGCGGUGCCCCUCCCUCCCCACCCCGUCUUGUUGUGACAGCUCCUGAUACUGUUUAUGGAGGUGCGUGUCAGGUAUAAUUAGCAAUCGAUAUGGAAAACGUUUCCUUGCACCCAGCACGCCUCUGACGUCAGAGCCGAUUAGCGCUUCUUAUUGGUCCCAAAUUCCCCGGGCCGCGGCUAAUUAUCGAGAGCUUGAUGUUGAUAAAGUAAAGCGGCGGAGCGCGGGCCGAAGCAUGUGUAGGGCUCCGGGCCCCUGUCCCCGCCGCCGUCCGCGCCCCCGCGCCCCGCCAGCCCCGCGCGCGAGAUGAUGGACGGUCGCCUCCUGGAGCACCCGCAUGCCCAGUUCGGGGGCUCGCUGGGCGGCGUGGUGGGCUUCCCCUACCCGCUGGGCCACCACCACGUGUACGAGCUGGCCGGUCACCAGCUGCAGUCGGCCGCCGCCGCCGCCGCCGCCGCGGCCUCGGUGCCCUUCUCCAUCGACGGUCUGCUCAGCGGCUCGUGCGCUGCUGCAGCCGCCUCGGUGGUCAACCCCACGCCGCUGCUGCCGGCCGCCUGCGGGGUGGCCGGCGAAAGCCAGCCCUUCAAGCUUGCAGACUCGGGGGAUCCAGACAAGGAGAGCCCCGGCUGCAAACGGAGACGCACCCGCACCAACUUCACCGGUUGGCAGCUGGAGGAGCUGGAGAAGGCGUUCAACGAGAGCCACUACCCGGACGUGUUCAUGCGCGAGGCGCUGGCGCUGCGCCUGGACCUGGUCGAGUCCCGAGUUCAGGUCUGGUUCCAAAAUCGCCGGGCCAAGUGGAGAAAGAAGGAGAACACCAAGAAGGGCCCGGGCCGGCCGGCCCACAACUCGCAUCCGACCACGUGCAGCGGGGAGCCCAUGGACCCGGAGGAGAUCGCUCGCAAGGAACUGGAGAAGAUGGAGAAGAAGAAACGCAAACACGAGAAGAAACUGCUCAAGAGUCAGAACCGCCACCUGCACUCGCCCGGUGGCCUGUCCCUGCACAGUGCGCCCAGCUCCGACAGCGACAGCGGUGGCGGAGGCCUGUCUCCAGAGCCACCGGAGCCGCCACCGCCGACCGCCCCGGCCAAGGGCCCCGGAGCGCACGGCUCUGGCAUCGCAGGUUCCGCUCCGGUACCUCCUGGCGAGCCACCCGCGCCUGGCACCUGCGACCCUGCCUUCUACCCGAGCCAAAGAAGCGGCGCCGGUUCGCAGCCGCGGUUAGGCCGCCCGGCGGACAAGGACACGGUCCCUUGCGGGCCCGGAGCGGCAGCGACUGCGGGCCUGCCUAAGGCUAGCCCGUUCAGCGUGGAGAGCCUGCUGUCUGACUCGCCACCGCGCCGCAAAGCCACCCCAGCCAACGCUGCGGCCACCGCAGGGCUGGACUUCACGCCCGGGCUGCCAUGCGCACCUCGGACCCUGAUUGGCAAGGGCCACUUCUUGCUCUACCCCAUCACCCAGCCACUCGGCUUCCUGGUGCCACAGGCAGCGCUCAAGGGCGGAGCGGGCCCUGAGUUGGUGCCCAAGGACGCGCCCCCCGCGCCGCCGGCGCCCCCCGCACCACCCGCGCAGGCCAGCUUCGGGGCCUUCCCCGGACCUGGUGGCGCUGCGGACCCGGCCUUCGCCCGUCGCAGCCCUGAGGUUGUUGCCUCUCCCGGGCCACCGGCUCCCGCUUCUUUCCGGGACCUAGCAGCGGCGGCUGCCGAGAGCGGUGCCGGGGACUGCGCGGACGCGGGGACCGUCUGCCCCGCGGCCCCGCCGCCCCCGCCCCUCGAAACGUCGCCCGGCCCGGGCCCCAGAGCCCCCAGUCCACCCGGGGAGCCAGCCACUUGCGGCGCCGCUGAGCCGGGCGCUGCUACAGGACCCAGCCCGCCCGAGGGCGAGGAGGUGGACAUGGACUGAGCUGCGGACCGCGGCUGGAAGAGGCGCUUAGCCAGCCGAGCCCGCUCGCUCAGCCCCAGACUCCCAACGAAUCAGGUGAUCGGCUCUUAGAGACAUUGCUUUUUCCCUCCUGCUUUUUGUUUUCUUCCUUUUAUUAUUAUUUUUAAAGGCAAACGAGAACGCUGUGUCGAUGGGGGCCAAGGCAGCAGCUGCAGGUCCUGGGGUGAGGUCCCCUCCUCCGGAGGGAUCAAAAGACCCCCGUAUCCCCUAACCCCCAAAAACCCCACAACGAGAAUCCUCAGCCUUGUAAAAUGCAAAAAUGUCUAAGAAUAUUUAUAUAUGUACCAUUUUUUAUAAAUAAAGCUGAUCAAACGCAAA